UUAAUAUAUCUACUUGGUAGGUGAGUGAGUUGAUAACAAAGAAGUUUGUGGUUCAUAACUAUAUUAUUUGUGAUAUAUCCACGUAUGGAUGGAUAUUUUUAUUUCCCAUUCUUGUCCUAACGAGCAAAAGUUCGAAUCUUCUAAAGUUCCAUUCCAUACGGUCAAUUUUUUUUUUUAAUUGUCGCGCUCAACAGCGGGAAGGGAGUAAGCGAGAAAGGCAACAGCGCUCAAGUAUUUUAGCAAAGAAGUUGAAUCCUUACAACGGAGAUGUGGUUUCAGUGGAAGUAAAACAGAGUCCCAGGGUUGGAGAUUUUUGCAGAACUUUUUUCAGGUGUGCCGUUUCUUGCUGUUAGAAUGAAUGCGGAGAGUCAAAAUAAGAAGAAAGAGUAUGCUGCUGAUAUUUCCUCCAUAAAGGAAGCCCGGAUACGUAUUCGACCUUUCAUCCAUGAAACCCCAGUUUUUUCAUCUGAAACUAUCAAUGCUGCUUCAGGAAAACGACUUUUCUUCAAAUGUGAAUGUUUCCAGAAGGGUGGAGCUUUUAAAAUCAGAGGAGCCUGCAAUGCUAUAUAUUCACUUGAUGAGGGCGAGGCUGCUAAAGGGGUUGUGACACAUAGCAGUGGUAACCAUGCUGCAGCUUUGUCUUUGGCUGCAAAACUGCGAGGAAUCCCUGCAUAUAUAGUUAUACCAGAAAAUGCUCCAAAAUGUAAAGUUGAAAAUGUGAUACGUUAUGGUGGUCAGAUUAUUUGGAGCAAAGCCACAAUACAGUCAAGGGAAUCGGUUGCUGCGAGGGUUAUGCAAGAAACUGGUGCACUUCUCAUACACCCAUAUAAUGAUGGGCGCAUAAUAAGUGGGCAAGGUACCAUCUCGUUGGAGCUUCUGGAACAAGUCCCACAAUUAGACACUUUAAUCGUUCCCAUAAGUGGUGGUGGUUUGAUAUCAGGAAUUUCAGUGGCGGCAAAAGCCAUCAAUCCUGCCAUCCGGAUUUUUGCUGCAGAACCUAAGGGAGCUAAUGAUGUAGCCAUGUCAAAAGCAGCUGGUAAGAUAGUAACACUGCCAGAGACCACCACCAUAGCCGAUGGUCUUCGAGCUUUUCUCGGCGACCUGACCUGGCCAAUAGUAAGAGAUUUGGUGGAUGAUGUAAUAACUGUGGAGGACACUGAGAUAAUUGAAGCAAUGAGACUUUGUCUUGAAAUUCUGAAAGUUGUUGUGGAACCAAGUGGGGCAAUAGGUCUUGCUGCUGUUCUCUCUGAUAGUUUCAAGCAAAAUCCUUCAUGGAAGGAUUGCAACUCCAUUGGCAUUAUACUUUCAGGAGGUAAUGUUGAUCUUGGCAUGCUUUGGAAUUCUUACAAAAAAUGAAGCUCGAUUCUCAUUUCUCGAUUCUCGAUCUGCCGAUACUUCUUCUGUGAGCCCUUACCAUUUGAUUUUUCAUUCCCCGGGAGACUUGUGUUUCAAUCCUUGCUGAUCCUGUGAGCAAAUAUAGUCAGUUUCUUCUUUGAUAGAUUGAUUGUAAUGAUGGAAAAUGGAGUUUGACAUGCUCUAAUAUGGAAAUAACUUCAAUUCCAUGAAGUCGUAUUUGUCGGAACAUUAAUUUGAGGAUGUGUUGGAUUAAUUAAAAACAAAAUUGUAUUUCA